AGAAAAGCACUCUAUGGACUAUGGGGACUGGAAGAGCCUUAAACCCCAAUGCUCUACCUGUGUUAUCUCCGUGAGCGAUAAGCGAGUCAACAAUUAUGGUAAAUCCCAUUUUGGCGGGUUUAGUUUAGUUUCAGCAGAUUUGACAGAAGUCGAACAGCUUUUUGGAAAUUUUGGGAAGGGAAGAGAUGAAGAAGCUGAGAUGGGCAAUGGACGGAGAGUUUUGGGAGCUGGACGUGUCGACACCCAGGACCCUGGAAGGCUUGGCCCGGCCGGUUCCGGGCGACCCAAUUCCACUGGGACUGUCCAGAGGCUGCAGCCUUUCGAGGGCCAAGCAGCUCCACUUCAUGCAGCGCUUCAUGACCGCACCAUUCGUCCCCUCUUACGCCGCCGCUUCCGACGGCCUAGCUCUGCACCGUGUACUCACCAUUCCCUUCUCUGAGAACUGGUUCGCCACUCUGUUGGGUCAGUUCAAUUUGCAAAAGUUUUGGUCGUCUUUAAUGAAUGAGAGUGGAGAAACGCCACCACCACUGAGCUCAGAGUCCUCAUGGCGGCAGCAAUUGCAAAGAGUUGGGAGACACCUUCGCAACAAAUCAUUGUAUGCCCUCGGUUUCUCUUCCGAACUAUUGUUAACACCCGAUGAUACUCUGCUUCUUAGCUUAGAUUCACAUUCGUAUUCACAUGGUAAUAAGAAGACUCCGCGAAAGAAAGCAGUCCUCAAUCACAAGUUCCCCAAUCACAACUUAACGGUGGAAGCAGUUUCGCCAGGACUUUUUGUUGACGAGUCUGGUAAUUAUUGGGAUGUACCCUUUUCCAUGGCGAUUGAUCUGGCUUCUCUUACUUCUGACGCUGGUGCCAGUUAUCAUCUAUGUAUGCACCAUAACACCGGGUCACCCACUCAAUUCGAAGGUGAUCAGAACACCCAUGAACCACCUGCUACUCUCCUUCCUGGGUUGUCCCUCAAAACUGCUUUUUCCUUCGAACAGAAUUUUGACAUUUGGAGAAGUAAAGGUCAAAAGUUGUUGAAGAUGGUGCAACCAUAUGACAUGUUCCUUUCAACUCCUCAUGUUUCGGCUGCAGGGAUCAUUGGUGCUGCUUUGACUGCCUCUGUUGGAGAUUGCUCGGUUAGAGCACAAGAUGGUUCUCAGGAUUCCAAUGGAUUCUCUUUUCAGGCAUCUGGAGUAAAAUCUGCCUUUCUAGCAGAUCUGUUUGCAUCAGUCUCAUUUACUGCUCAGCAUGGAAAUUUCCAAAGGCUAUAUCUAGAUCUCACCCGCUUUCAUGCCCGCUUUGAUUUUCCUUCUGGUUCCAGAUUUCUUUCAGGUGCUACACGUGUAACACAAGAUCUUCUUAAUUCUCAAAGGCCAACUCUGGAAGCCAUUCAGGCUAUUUGCCCCAAUGCCACCCUUUCUCUUCAGCAGCAGAUUGCUGGACCUUUUAGUUUUAGAGUUGAUUCAGGAGUUGCAGUUGAUUUGAAGAACCAAGAGUGGCCUAUACGUGUGGAUGAGCCUGUUUUUGCCAUUGAAUAUGCAUUGCAAGUCCUUGGUUCAGCGAAGGCUGUGGCAUGGUAUUCGCCAAAGCACCAAGAAUUUAUGGUAGAACUGCGUUUUUUUAAGACAUAAACCAUAUUCUUUUGUACGUGUUCAGAAGUUUAUGUUCUUUUCUGUGUUUUCAUAUUGUGAAUCAUUUGAGAGAGAAAAUACCCAUGUCAACUGUUUCUGUCACAAUUUGAAAUUUAUGUAGUAUUCAAAAUAUUUAAUUUGAGAAAUAUUAUAGUAA